GGCAUUGUAAUCGAUCACCGAUUGUCACCCCGGUUAGCUUCAGCGGCUGCUGCACCGUGACGAGAGGCUGGCUCGGCAAAUAACAACGGCUUUGAACAACUCUACGACCAGUGAAUUUAAUGGCUGGGACGGAAAAUAUCUUUCUCAGGGCAAAACAUAGAACCUUCCAUGGACUCGGUGAAGAUAUUGAGGAUGGGUGGACGGGGCCGUUCUACUUCAUCCAGGCUGCAGACCCGCAACUUGGCCUAAUGAAGGCAUGGCGGCAAGGCGACUCUAAAAGUGGAGGAGACGAAUGGGCAGAGGAAGUUGAGCUCACCAAACAAACGGUGGAAGCUAUGAACCAGUUACGCCCUCGGCCGAGGUUUAUGGUGCUGUGUGGAGAUCUGGUCCAUGCCAUGCCAGAAACCACUUUCAGAGAGGCUCAGGAACGAGACCUAAAGACGGCAUUGGAGGGGACCGACCCUUCGAUCCCGCUCGUGUUUGUCAGUGGCAAUCAUGACCUUGGAAACACGCCGACCCCCACAACAGUGGAGCAGUACUGCCGUACAUGGGGCGAUGAUUAUUUCAGCUUUUGGGUGGGUGGAGUCCUCUUCCUGGUUCUGAACUCCCAGUUGUUCUACGAUGCUUCUGCCUGCCCUCAGUUCAAGGAGGCUCAGGAAAAAUGGCUGGAGGAGCUUCUGAGCAAAGUCGCAUCCUCCUCUGCACCCAAACACAUCAUCGUGUUCCAGCACAUUCCUCUGUACAUAAAGAAUCCUGAUGAGGAAGACAACUACUUUAACCUACAGAUGGAAGUCAGACAAAAGCUGAUGGACCAAUUUAAGAGAGCUGGGGUGAAGGCAGUCUUCUCUGGCCACUAUCACCGGAAUGCAGGCGGUUGCCACGACGGCCUCGACAUGGUCGUGAGUUCCGCCAUCGGCUGCCAACUGGGCGAGGACCCGCACGGCGUCAGGGUGGUGGUAGUGACGGCCGACCGCGUGGUCCACCGAUACCACAGUCUGGAGCGCUUGCAAACAGGAGGGAUGGACGAGGACCUCAAGAAGCUCCUGCAGGCAUGAUGGUCUACCAAGGCGUUUCAUUCUAAUUUUAUUUUUUCCAAAUAAAUGUGCAAACAUUCAUUUUUUAUGCCCCGAGGUCUUACAGUAUCAACAUAUUUUUAUUCCGUUACAAGUCGAACGUAUUUCAAAUUCAGGUCAAUAUUAGAUUUGCCUGAAUUUAGAAUAAAAUGUUUUAAUAAUAAUUUCACAGUCACUAUUAUAAAAAUUAACUUUACCAUUACGAUUCACCCACUAAAGAAGAUGUUACCUGAGAAUGGCAACCAAUCACGGCUUGCCAUUUUCUACAGCUGAGCCGUGAUUGGUUGUGACCUGGCCACUGUGAUGUCAUUUUCAGUUGACAGCAAGUGGCAAAAUGGCCGCCCACUGAGAUGGAUAAAAACGUGAAUUUUUUUGUUUAACUCAUAGUCCACUAUCACAAAAUUAUUCAAAAUGGCGUUUUUAGACUAGUCGGGGCAUGACAUAUUCUUGUAAAUAAUUUUUUCUACUUUAAAACGCUAAAUGAUAUCUACAUUUUGAUCGUAUCCACUCCAAUUGAAUGAAAUGAGCAAAUCUGAUAACAAUUGCAACUCUAAUAUACAUACAGCAGCAACACAUACCAACAUCUCAUGUAAUAUUCAGAGGCAAAUAUUCUCUUUGCUCUGUGGGAACAACUAUUAAUAGAGCUUACAUAGUAGGGGACAUUCUCUGAAAUGCAAAACGUGAAUAUGUUGCCAACUCACUUGGAGACAGUUGUAGUGCUUGCAUUUUUAUACAACUCUAAAGGCCUGUUUUCUUUGCAAAUGGUACAACCGGUGGGAUAUUUGAAAUUUCAGCUUCCACUAUAUUGUGAAUUCCCCAUCGAGGAGUCACUGACUACAAAAUGUGCCACAUUAGACCAAGAAAUUGGAUUGUCAUUAAGUGGCGCUAAAUACUGGUGCUUUUUGUGUCAUGGCAUUGUACAAUUUUUUUUGGCAAUGUGAAGCGCAGCUACGAGUCACACACGUUUGCAGCAUAGCUCUUGAUGUCUGGUAGAAUUGAGAGCAGUUCGAAGUAGCACGUUAAUGUCGACAAAUGUGAUUGGGCUGAACUACCAAAGAAAUGGAUCUGUCCCUUAGGGCUUAUGAGCAGCAUUGAGAUGAUAAUGAUGAUGAUGAUGAACCAUUGUUGCUUUUUUCCCCCAUUAUUGUGAUAACUUGUGAUUUUAACGUUAAGAAUUUAUCAUUAAUGGAUGAACUGUGCUCCUGCAACUAGCAGGAACGAUUUGGUAAGCUUUAAUUUUUUUUUUUAUGAUUAUUAUUUUAUCUAUUACACAAAAAAAACUUUUUCUUCCUAUGAAAUCACUGUUAGGAAUUUAUAAUAGUUUAUUUGUGUCGCACUGAUCUGUACUAAUCUUUCAUGUCUUUUUCUCACACUGAGCAAAUAAUCCCUCCGGAGUUAAUUUGUUUUUCUGUGUUGAGGAUUACAAUGCAAUUUCUUAUUUUUAGGGCUUGAGAAUGAAAACAGAGUCAGAUCUGUUGUUUUUGUAUCCCUAUGAUAGGAUUUUCUGCAUGUAUCUCGCAAGACUCAUCUCUUGGCUUUUAUUUGAAGUGUUUGGGCAAAACAACAUUAAGUGUGAUCAUGUUAUUAAAAGUCUAAUUUAAAGA